AUGUUUAUGAAAGGAUCGGACAAGGAUACAGACCGCAUUACCCCCGAUGGUGGACGAGAUCAACGUCCUGUUGCAGAUGAGGCGGAAACAAGCAAGCCUGGCCAAGAGGGAUCAAUUUCACUGGAAGAGGCAAACCCAGGGGAGAGACAGAGGACUACCCCCCGUCCUAGGCAGAGAGCAACGAGUGUAACGGACCGAACAUUCUGGAUGUGGCUCAUCACCCUUUUGAGGACGGGUUCUCGCAUGCCCAACUGA